AUGUUCAGGGUAAUGAUGUAAAAGAAUUAGUGAAAGCCAACCAACUCUUGAUCUGGGUGGGUACAAAAAGGAGAUGGGUACACAGGCACACACCACACAGUUGCUUGUAGAACCAAGGAAUUAGUGAAAUAGUCCUGGGAUCCAGAAGCCAUCUAACAUGGAGAGGAAGGUCCCAAUGGCCAAUGGUAACAAGGACUCUAGGGAUUCAAGUCGAAGAAUCUAUGGCUCCAUCAACUCUCCAAACCCACCAGGGCUGCACCAUGAAAUGCCAAUAUCAACUUACUUAAAUGAGAAGAUCUCAAUUCCGGACACGAAACCAGGAAGAUUCAGCUUCCGAAAGCUGUGGGCCUUCACAGGACCAGGAUUCCUCAUGAGCAUAGCUUUUCUGGAUCCUGGAAAUAUAGAAUCUGACCUGCAAGCUGGAGCCACAGCCGGAUUCAAACUGCUGUGGGUUCUAUUCUGGGCCACUGUUCUGGGCUUACUAUGUCAGCGCCUGGCUGCCCGGCUUGGGGUGGUGACCGGCAAGGACCUGGCAGAGAUCUGCCAUCUGUAUUACCCCAAGGUGCCCCGGAUCCUGCUCUGGCUGGUCAUGGAAAUGGCAAUCAUUGGUUCGGACAUGCAGGAGGUCAUUGGCACAGCCAUCGCCUUCAGCCUGCUCUCUGCUAGGAGGAUUCCCCUCUGGGGUGGUGUGCUCAUCACCAUCGUUGAUACCCUGUUCUUCCUUUUCCUGGAUAAUUACGGGCUGAGGAAGUUGGAAGCCUUCUUUGGCUUCCUCAUCACCAUCAUGGCUCUGACCUUUGGCUUCGAGUAUGUGGUAGCGAAGCCGGACCAAGAGGCACUGCUCAAGGGACUCUUUCUGCCCUCCUGCUCAGGCUGCGGUCAGUCCGAGCUCCUGCAGGCAGUGGGCAUUGUGGGAGCCAUCAUCAUGCCCCACAACAUUUACUUACACUCUGCUCUGGUCAAGUCCAGAGGGAUUCGGCGUUCCCAAAGACAGGAAGUCCAAGAAGCCAACAUGUACUUCCUGAUAGAGGCUUCCAUCGCUCUGUUCAUCUCCUUCCUCAUCAAUCUGUUUGUCAUGGCGGUCUUUGGCCAGGUUUUCUACCAACAAACCAACCAGACUGUGCACGACGUGUGCGCCAAUGGGAGUCUCCCUUUUUAUACCUUAUUUCUCAAGGACGACCAGCCAGUGACUGCAGACAUUUACCAGGGGGGCGUGAUUCUUGGCUGCUUCUUCGGUCCUGCUGUGCUCUACAUCUGGGCUGUGGGCAUCCUGGCAGCCGGCCAGAGCUCCACCAUGACGGGCACCUACGCUGGGCAGUUUGUGAUGGAGGGCUUGCUGAAGCUCCGCUGGUCCCGUUUUGCCAGAGUUCUUUUUACCCGUUCCUGUGCCAUCCUCCCCACCAUCCUGGUGGCCAUCUUCAGGGAUGUUCAAGACCUGUCUGGUUUGAAUGACUUGCUGAAUGUACUACAGAGCCUGCUGCUCCCCUUUGCUGUGCUUCCCAUCCUCACCUUCACCAGUAUGCCCGCCAUCAUGCAGGAGUUCACCAACGGCUUGAUAUGCAAAAUCAUCACAUUCCUCAUCAUGGGGCUGGUGUGCAGCAUCAACGCCUACUUUGUAGUCACUUAUCUGCAGGGGCUGCCCAAUCCUGCCUACUAUGGGCUGGUGGCCGUGCUGGCUGCGCUCUACUUGGCCUUCUUCUUCUACCUGACGUGGACCUGCUGUAUCGCCCAUGGGGCCGCUGUCCUGCUGCAUCCUUCUCACCAGCAUUUCCUCUACGGACUCCCAGAAGAGGAGGAGGGGCGUCCCGCCAGCUGAGACCCGGGGGCCUGGGGUGGGUAAGGGGGCGUCUCAUCGGCUGAGAACCUACGGCCCGGGGAGGGCGGGAGUCCCUUCCCCGCAACUGCUGCAAAACUCGGCCUGAGCUCCCUCACACAAGCUACGGGCGGAACGGGGCCGGCUCCCAGGUCCCGGGAGCUUCGCCCUGGAACUUCAGAACAGAGUGAAUGAGAGGAUGGGGCAGCGAAGUCCGGAGGAGGAAGGACUCCCCAAACUCUCCCAUCACCGGGCUUCUCGCCCCCAUCCCGGAGGGGGGCCGGGCCGCCCCCCCCCCCGCCCCGUACCCAUUUUCCAGGCGGGAGCCCGGGUACUGCUCCCGCCGGGCCGGAGCCCCGGGUACUGCUCCCGCCCGGGCCGGAGCCCCGGGUACUGCUCCCGCCCGGGCCGGAGCCCUGCCUCCCGGGCCCGGCUCAUUUGCCAUCUCCCCGGGGAAGGCCAGACGUCCGCAACUCCCACGCCUGGCUCAUUAGCGGCGACCCACAAGUCCCUCACGGCCGCCCCUCCGGGGCCGGAAAGUCCCCACCGCGGGCUCAGCAAGGUCUCGGGCGCUCCGGACCCAGACCCGGGGGAGUGGGCGCAGGACGUGGGAGGUUCGGGGAAGCCCCAGGGACUGGCUGGGCUCCCCCUCCCUGCGCUACGCCCAGAGCCCGAGUGGCUCUUUACCGACGAUCCCUGAGCGGUUUCAAGGCUCCCCCAGCUCCCUCCUCCCUUUCUGCCUCCCGCCUCCACUCGCACAAGUCGGGAAAACGGGCCCGGGGCGGGGAGAGGAAACGUGGGCUAGGCUUGCUGCGUCCCCGGGCCCGGGCCUCGCCGGAGAUGGGGGUGCGUGAGGAACUCGGGCGCCCGGGCGGCCCAAGUCCGGCUGUCCGGACCCGCUUCGGGGCUGGGGCGCUUGUUUUUGAGAAGAAUUUCCUCUUUCUUAAAAGGGCGAGUGCACAGGUGGGGCCCGCGCUAGGAGAGACGGGCGUGGUGGAGGGAGGGGAGGGGGAGGACGGGGGGGGGGGGGGGGGGGGGACCCACCCCCAAAGGCAGGGCGGAUUGACGCCCCCUUCCCGCCCUACACUCCUCCUAGUGCUUCUUUCCCCAAUAAACCGCUACCUCACCUUCCGUUCGGGUGAAGUUUUCCACCAGGCAAUCGGGUACUUACUUAUCUCCCAGGCUUUCCCCGGAGAAUUAAAUCAAGCGUACUUAAGUGAAAGACCGGGACCCCGAACCUAGUUCUUUAUUAGCCUCUAUCCGGGCCGUGCAGCGGAAUCUCGAGUCGGGAAGGACCCGAGUUCAAACGCGACCCCAUUUACACUAACUGCUUGACACUUGGCAAGUCGCUCAAUCUCUGCCUGCCUCAGUUGCCUCAAUUAUAAAAUGGGGACAACAGCAUCUAUCUCUUAAAAUCGUGAGAACCCAAUGAGGGAUAUGUGUAAAGUGAAAGCACAUCGCAGGCGCUAUAUAAAUGCUCGUUCCACUUUCUUUCCCGAUUUCCCCCCUUUUACUUCCCUACAGUUGAAGAUCAUCCAGGUUCCCAGCUUCAGUGUAAUCUAUUACUCGGUCUCUCUCCUUCCCACGACGAGCCACAAGUGGCCAAAUCAGAUUGAUUCUACCUUCACAUGACCACCUUAAUUAAAAUUUAACCAUCUCUGGUCUAGAUUCCUGUAGUCACCUCAUUCUCCUAUACAUCCUCGGUAUAGCUGUCAGAUUAGUUUUAAAAUGCAGCGUCUGACCGUAUCACUCUUCCUCAUCCUAGGUUCUGUAGCUCCCUACUGCCAACAGGAUAGAAUCCAAACUUUUCAGUUUGCUGUGUAAAUCCUGUAAAUCUGCCUCUAGCGUUGUCCAAAUUUAUUUCAUAUUUCUCCCCUUCACACAUUUAAAUUCCAGGCAAACUGGCGGCCUGGUUCUUCUUGUAAUUCAGCAUUCCAUCUUCACUUUGCACAGGCUGUCACCCCACCCCUUGCCCAGCUUGCCCUCCCUCCUCACCUGGAUCUGAGUCCUUAACUUUCUUUGUGGCAAAACUCUUGCCAAUUCCUUUAAGAAGUCUUCCCUGGUUACUGAAUUAUUCAUUGCUCUUUCUUCUCAAGUUUAUAUAUUUGCCUCUCGGUGUACAUGUUACUCCCUCCCAAAACAAUGCAAAUUCCUUUUUCAAGGCAAAGACCAAUUUUAUUCUGCCUUCACAGCCUCAAAGAUCUAGCAGAGUGGGUCUGGUGCAGACGUAAAUGGUUGUUGAAAUUAAUUGAUCUCAGUCGAGAAAUUAGGACAGCAAAAAUUUCUUUUUUCAACAAGGAAAUGAACUAAAAGAGGGAAACGGAGGCACUUGAAGACAGCAGAUUUAGCUUAGGGGGCGGGGUGGGUGGGAGCCAAGAAGCCUGAUAUUCAUUCCACUUGGGGGCUCCUAGCUAAAGAUCUCAUCUGUAGGAUGCUGUGUGGAGGAAGGGGAGGGAGUGGGGGAGGUGGUGGAAGGAAAGAGUUCUUUGGAAUUGUCCACUUUGGGGAUUAAUCUUUUUGCCAAGGUUACCAGAAUUUUACUCUGCAGUAAAAGAGGUAGCUCAUAUUUGGAAGGCCCGGAAAGGUUUUUAAAACAUGCAUUUUAAAAUUCAAUUCUCACGAAAUUCUGUAAAGCAGAUACUAUUUUUAUUUCCCUCCUCCUCCUCCCAUUUGCAAAGGAAAAAAGAGAGGCUUAAAAUGGUGGUGACUUGUGUAGAAUUGGUUACACUGAUAGUAACUAUGGAAGGAUUCCAGCUCUGUUCUUCCAGAUGCCAAGCCCAGCACUCUAGCCACUGGGCCAGAAUGACAGAGGGCCUCCCCAAAUCAAGGAAAGCCACCAGCUGGUUUUACUCGGAAGCUUCCCUCAGUUUCCUUCUUUCCUUCUCCACACCGGCCCCUUCCCCAGCCCCAAAUCCACUCCAGUCACGGGAGACCGGAUAGAAUCAGAGCAACUUUUAAAAUAUGUCUAAAUCUAAAUAAAAAUGAAAGAAUCGAAACAGAAAAUUUUAAAAAGAAAAAGAAAAAAGCCCUCACCAAAUCAACGCUAAACAAUUUUCCUGUAAGGAGAGAGUAUUAAACAAUUUUCAGGUAAAGAGAGAGUAUUAUCUAUUAUUUAGGCGCAUUUAUUGUCUUCCCUUUUCAGGAGUCUUCUCACAAUUUUCCUUCCUUUCUUUAAUAAACCUGUAACUUUUUUGGCAA